CUGCACUGCGCCUGCGUCCUGGCUCGAGACGAAGUCGAAGGGGAGCACGGACGUGUUGGUCGGUCUAGAGUUCGAAAGGGUGGGACGGGGCGGAGUUUCCUUUUCCUCACUUUGAGGAAGCAACAACAUGCCGAAGCAGCGCCCCUCGCCCACGAAGCUCCCCACGAAGAAGGGUGACUGCAGCCAGUGGGUGAUGGUGGUCCCAGAAUCAGUGACUGACCUCCCGAAGAAACCAAAUUCUGGGCCUCUGUUUACAAGACUCUGUAAUCCAAGCACAGCAGGGCAGGCAGCCCUAUAUUUGUUCAGUAGUGAUUCUCGGCAGCUAUUUGAAUUAAAAGCCUUUCACGAAGAAUACCGGUCCUGGUUUAUAGGUCAGGCUGUUCAACAAGAUGGACGCCUGUUCUUUGCUACACCAAUGGAUCCGUUAUUUCUUGUACUUGUCUACCUUAUCAAAUCAGAGAAAGAGCAUGGAAAGUUCCAGCCGCUAGAUCAAAUUUUGGUAGAUGAAGAAUUCCCUUCCUGUUCGAUGUUGCUACAGUGCACAAGUACAUCACGCACAAUUCACCAUAUAGUAGAAGAAAAAGAAAUCGGUGGCAAGAAAUUUUAUAAAUUUAGUGAGGAGAAAACACUAAAGUGGCUAAAGAAGAAGGUCGACCAGACUGUGAAAGUAUUAAAGUGCCACGAUGUGCGUGUGGAUGCAAGAGUUCAAACUGCAACAUUUAUCAGUGGAAAACAAUUCACUGAUGCGACGGAAGAUGACUAUAUUCGCUAUGCCCAUGGCUUAAUAUCAGAAUACAUUAAUGAAGACCUAAGUACUGCACUAGCAAAAUACUUACGACUUCCACAAAUUUCAUCUCCUCCAGCAGAACCAGCAUCAAAGAUGUCAGUACGUCACCAAAGGAAGAGAUGACGGGGAUAAAAUGGAAUUUGGAUGCCUUGUUUUAUCAUGGAAUAUUAAGACAAUUUUAAAGAAGGGCCACUCACUGUAAGAAUAUUGUUAUCCAGGUGAGAGUAGUUGAGGAAUAGGAUCAUCUUUCUGACAUUUGGCAGCUUGAAGUGUUAGCCUUUUCAAUUUACUAAAUCUUUCACUUUUUUAUACUUCUUCUGCAGGCAGUCUUCACUUGAUUUCCCUUGCUAACUUAUCUAUUGCUGGCAAACUUAUCUGGGUGAUGUUAUAUAACUUGAAAGGGCUUUUCUUGAGUGUGCAUUUUAAAAAGCUAGCAUUUGUGGUUGGGAGGGGAAUAGUAAUGGCUGAAGGCACAAUGCUCCUCAAUGAACCUGGCUCUGAGGCUGCCAUUCAUCUGGGGCAGAAGAUGACCAGAGAAAGGGCCUUUUUAUUAGUGGGUCCUUGGUUGUAGAGCACUGUUCUAUAGGCUGGUACCUAUUUUAUUAGCUUUUUAAGCACCAAGUGAUUAUAUAUUUUUGGCCUUUAAUUGAUGACUGAUUUUAUACGGGUGUUUCUUGCUCUUCCAUUGCACUUAUAAUCUCUAUGACUUUCAAACUUUAAAAAAAUAUUACAUGUUUAUAUACAGCUUUUUAUUUUUGAAUGAGUGGCGUGACAGUUUUUAAAAAAUCACGAUAACCAGUGAUGAUCAGACGUUCAUCUGGACUGGAUUUGUUUGCAUCAUGAAUGUGCACUUCUCAACAGUAUGCAGCUGUUAUUUGUAAUGACAAGGUGUUUUGAUUUUUUUUAUUAUUUUUUUAUUCUUAACAUGUAGGACAGAGUGAUGUGCAGUUAAAUGUGCUGUUUUGUUUUUAUAUGUAUGUAUUUUAAAUGUGUUAAUGUUUUCAAAGCAGUGUUUUACUUGGAUAUGUGGGAUAAUAUUUUUAAAUGCUGUGUUUUGAUAAUAUAACCCACUUUUAUUGUAUAUUUUAUAUUGUUACCCAUGCAGGAGAAAAGCAGGGUGAAAAUCAAUUUAAUAAAUAAAUAGAUACAUAGUUACAAUUACUAAAAAUAACAAAAAUGGCAUUAAAGAUUUCCAGAUAACGCUUUUCAUCAUUUAAACCAUUAUGCAACAGAAUAUAUUAUUUUGAAAUUAAAAUGUGAGCUAUUAAUCAUUGCCCCAGCCUAAGGCUUGCAAUUCAUAAUUUAAAAUAUUGUUUACAUGUUUCAUGAACUAGGAUAAUUUUUUUAAUUGGUAUAGCAUUUUUCUAAGGGUUACCCAUCUUCACCCAGAUAUAUUUUUAUUGUAAAUAUAUAUUUGAUUAACUUGCUUUUUGUGUAUGAGUUGUGUGCCUUCGGGUAGGUAUUUGUUGGCAUAUGGUUUAAGAAGGCAACCCUACCAUAGGGUUGUCUGUGCAGGAUGUGCCUUCCCUUGCCUCUGAGUCCCAAAAAGUGUGAUAUGUCCAAGGUCACCCAACUGGUUUCCAUGGCCAAGUAGAGAUUCAACCCUGAUUUCUAGCGUUACAGCCCAAUGCUCAAAUCACCACUCCAUGUCGGAUGCUGGAUUCUCCAACCCCAUUCUUUUCAUAAUCUACUCAUAGUCUACCUAGGAAAGAUAAAUGGAAGCACAGCGGCCCCUGAAGCAGUGGUUCUCGACCUGUGGGUCCCCAUGUGCUUUAGCCUACAACUCCCAGAAGUCCCAUCCAGUUUACCAGCUGUUAGGAUUUCUGAGAGCUGAAGGCCAAAACAUCUGGGGACCUACAAAUUGAGAACCACUGCCCUAAAGCAAUGUUACUCCCUUCCUCCACCUUUCCCAAAACCCUAUCAGAAUAAUCUCUUCUCAUUUAUGGAAGCUGACCAUUAAAUAAAUCUGGAAGACUUAGAGAUUCCAAAGAGAUGCUCUUUGUGAUAAAAAAAAUAGAUAUUGAAGAAAUUAAAAUGUAAAUGUACUUAAGUGUGCACUGAUUAAACUGGUUACGGAGAAAGUCUAUGUUCAUUGUGUGUUUAAUAAUAUGUAAAUUAAAAUAAUUCUACCUUAAA